AUGGCGGACGACAACUCUGAGCUGCAGUCCGCUCUGCGCGACCUCGACAAGGAAUUGGAGGAGGGUGAUAUCACCGAAAAAGGAUAUCAGAAACGGCGCACAUUACUCCUCUCGCAGUUCUUCGGACCUAAUAACGCACUGGAUCUCAGUACACCUACCUCUGGCAAUGCUCCCUCAUCGAUCUCCAGCGCAACGCAUCCGCCUCCGGCUAUUCUCAAUGUCCGACCCCCUACCGCCGAUUCCUCGAGCCCUAGUGGAUUCUCGCAGCCUCUGUCCAACGGGCGGGAUAGUUCUCAUCAAAAUGGUGGCUUCGGUUACGAUCGCAGGAUAAGUGGCGAGACCCAGGGCUCAUAUGAAAGAGAGAGCAUGUUAUUGCCUGGUGACAGAGCUCCGUCGGCUGCUUCGUACGAUUCCCUUUUCCUUCCCAAGAAUCAGCCUGCUCCGCCGCUCCAAGAGAACUCGAGGACGGCCACCUUGCUAAGCCAGAACUACGCCUUCAAUCCCGGACCUCCUCACGAGCAGUACGAUGAACCUGUCGGAGCCUAUGAUAUGCCGUCUGGCCCCGGCACGCGACAGUCGACCAUGCUCGACUCGCAGCAGGGAUAUUUCUCCGACUUUGCCGGCCAGCAACAAGACGACUAUCGGGAUAGCUAUGGUGGCGGUUUCCAUCGCUACUCCCAAUCAGAAACAUUCUCUCCCACGGCCAAUAUGGCACCGCCGUUCAUUCCGGCCUCUGAACUUCCGCAUGGGCCGGCACUCGACCACCUGCUGCCGUUGGAACCUCGAGAUAUCCCAUUUGCCGUUCAUGAUCCCCACGACAAAAAUACCCCCAUGUCUAAUUUCGAUAACAUCCCUGCGGUUCUCCGACACCGCGCUCGGGUGCAUGCGAAACAGCCUGCUUAUUGGGUUCUAGACCAGAAAGGAAAAGAGAUCGCUUCCAUCACUUGGGACAAACUUGCUAGUCGUGCGGAGAAGGUGGCCCAGGUCAUUCGGGACAAGAGCAACCUAUAUCGUGGGGACCGAGUGGCCUUGAUCUACCGCGACUCCGAGAUAAUCGAGUUCGCAGUGGCUCUCAUGGGGUGUUUCAUCGCCGGAGUCGUCGCUGUUCCUAUCAAUAGCCUCGAGGACUACCAGAGCCUCAACCUGAUUCUAACCUCGACACAAGCACACCUUGCCUUAACGACGGAGAAUAAUCUGAAGAGUUUCCAGAGAGAUAUCACGACCCAGAAGCUAAAUUGGCCCAGAGGAGUGGAAUGGUGGAAGACGAACGAAUUCGGCAGCUACCACCCCAAGAAGAAAGACGACACUCCACCUCUUGUGGUCCCCGAUCUGGCGUAUAUCGAAUUCUCAAGAGCCCCUACUGGCGAUCUUCGCGGAGUUGUCAUGAGUCACCGAACGAUCAUGCAUCAAAUGGCUUGCCUCGGUGCAAUUGUCUCGACGGUACCUGCGUCUUCGAGCGCAUCUAAGCCACGUGGAGAGACUCUGAUAAGCUACUUGGAUCCUAGACAAGGCAUUGGAAUGAUCUUGGGCGUUCUUCUGACUGUGUAUGGUGGCCACACCACCGUCUGGCUCGAAGAUCGGGCUGUGGAGACGCCUGGUCUCUACGCUCAUUUGAUUACAAAAUACAGGGCGACUCUUAUGGCCGCUGACUACCCCGGGCUGAAGAUUGCAGCAUAUAAUUACCAGCAAGACCCUAUGGCCACGCGACAUUACAAGAAGAACUCCGAGCCCAAUUUCGGAUCGGUGAAGCUAUGCUUGAUCGAUUCGCUCACAGUCGACCCCGAAUUUCAUGAGAUCCUGGCCGACCGGUGGUUGAGGCCUAUGAGGAACCCAAGGGCCCGGGAAAUCGUCGCUCCCAUGCUUUGUCUUCCUGAACACGGCGGUAUGGUCAUCAGUGUGCGGGAUUGGCUUGGCGGCGAAGAACGCAUGGGCUGUCCAUUGACGCAUGAGAUGGAUCCCAGUCAGCGAGAAGGGCUUAGAAAAGAAGAGAAAAAAUUCGAGAAGACCGAGACUAACAGCGGGUUUGGUAGCAGUCUGUUGGGUGGUGGUUCUUCCGCACCCGCACCCGCCUCGCAAGAACAAGGGAAGACUGCAAUGCUUGAAGUACUUCUAGACAAGGAGGCUCUGAAGAGUAACGAGAUCGUGGUUCUGGCCAUGGGCGAGGAAGCGAAGAAGUUUGCCCCCACCAUGCCGCAUGCUGUACGAGUUGGUUCGUUUGGAUAUCCCAUCCCGGACGCGACAGUGGCGGUGGUCGACCCCGAGACCAAUUUGCUGUGCACUUCUAAUGUGGUUGGCGAGAUUUGGGUUGAUUCGCCGUCUCUCUCUGGAGGCUUCUGGGCCUUGCCGAAACAUACGGAAGCCAUCUUCCACGCACGACCAUAUAAGUUUGAAGAGGGGAACCCCACGCCUGUCUUGGUUGAGCCCGAAUUCCUCCGAACGGGUCUCUUGGGCUGUGUGAUUGAGGGAAAGAUUUUCGUUCUGGGUCUCUAUGAAGAUCGACUUCGACAGAAGGUGGAAUGGGUGGAACAUGGGCAAGAGAUUGUUGAGCACCGGUAUUUCUUCGUUCAGCACCUUAUCGUCAGCAUCUUGAAGAAUAUCCCCAAGAUUCACGACUGCACGGCGUUCGAUGUUUUUGUCAACGAAGAACAUCUCCCUAUAGUCGUUCUAGAAUCAUACGCAGCAUCGACCGCUCCCACCACCUCGGGCGGUCCGCCACGGCAGCUGGAUUCCGUCCUACUGGAAUCUCUAGCGGAAAGAUGUAUGGAAGUUCUUUACCAGGAGCAUCAUCUGCGAGUCUAUUGUGUCUUGUUGACGGCUCCCAACACGCUUCCUCGUGUGACCAAGAAUGGUAGACGCGAGAUCGGCAACAUGCUUUGCCGCAAAGAGUUUGACAAUGGGUCGUUGCCCUGCGUCCAUGUCAAGUUCGGUGUUGAGCGCUCAGUUCUUAAUUUACCGGUCGGAGUCGAUCCCGUUGGCGGUAUUUGGUCUCCACUCGCGCUGAUGUCCAGGCAAGAGUUGCUUGCUAUGCAGGAGAAGCAAUACUCUGGCGUAGACUAUCGCGACGUCGUCAUGGACGACCGCACGUCUACACCACUGAACAAUUUCUCUAGCAUCGUGGAUCUUCUUCAAUGGCGUGUCUCUCGACAAGCCGAGGAGCUCGCUUAUUGCUCUAUCGAUGGUCGGGGAAAGGAAGGCAAAGGCAUCACUUGGAAGAAGUUCGAUCUAAAGGUGGCCGCUGUUGCCAUGUAUCUGAAAAACAAAGUUAAGGUUCGACCUGGCGACCAUCUGAUCUUGAUGUACACGCACUCGGAGGAGUAUGUUUAUGCCGUCCAUGCCUGCUUAUGUCUGGGGGCGGUUGCGGUUCCUCUCGCUCCCAUCGAUCAGAACCGCCUUUCCGAAGAUGCUCCUGCUUUCCUCCAUGUUAUCAACGACUUCCGUGUGAAGGCGAUCAUUGUCAACACUGACGUUGACCAUGUCCUAAGGCAGAAGCUUGUUUCCCAGCACAUCAAGCAAUCUGCGCAAGUCUUACGCAUCGGCGUCCCGGCCAUUUACAACACCACGAAGCCUCCGAAGCAGUCUCAUGGCUGCAGAGAUCUCGGCUUUACCGCGAAAGAAACCUGGAAGCAGAGCAGUCAGGCGGCCAUGGUUUGGACUUAUUGGACUCCCGACCAAAGGAGAAUAUCGGUCCAGAUCGGUCAUGAUACCAUCAUGGGCAUGUGUAAAGUUCAGAAAGAGACAUGUCAAAUGACCAGUAUGAGGCCAGUCUUGGGAAGUGUGCGUAGCACUUUAGGCCUCGGCUUCCUUCAUACCUGUCUUAUGGGGAUCUAUGUCGGUGCGCCUACGUAUCUUGUUUCCCCUGUCGACUUCGCUCAGAACCCCAUGACGCUUUUCGUCACUCUCUCCCGUUACAAAAUCAAGGACACGUACGCUACAGCCCAGAUGUUGGAUUAUGCAAUGAGCGCCAUGGCCGGCAAGGGUUUCCAGCUGCAGGAGCUGAAGAACCUAAUGAUCUCUGCGGAAGGCAGGCCGCGGGUCGAUAUCUAUCAGAAAGUGCGUCUUCACUUCGCAUCUACCAGCCUCGACCGCACCGCCAUCAACAUUGUCUACUCCCACGUGUUGAACCCCAUGGUAGUCACAAGAUCUUAUAUGUGCAUCGAGCCUGUGGAAUUAUGGCUCGAUCUGCGCUCUCUGCGGAGAGGACUUGUCUGUCCGGUCGACCCGGAUACUGAUCCCACAGCUCUUGUUCUACAAGACUCAGGUAUGGUGCCGGUCAACACUCAAAUCGCAAUCGUGAACCCAGAGACAUGUACCCUGUCCCAUGUUGGCGAGUAUGGUGAGAUCUGGAUUCAAUCCGACGCUUGCGCCAAGGCCUUCUAUGGUUCAAAGCAGGACUUCGAUAUGGAACGCUUCAACGGACGGGUAGUGGACGGAGAUCCGAACGUGGCGUACGUGCGGACGGGAGAUCUGGGCUUCCUCCACACGGUAACAAGGCCGAUCGGCCCUAAUGGCCAACCGGUGGAGAUGCAAGUCCUUUUUGUCCUCGGCGGUAUCGGUGAGACGUUUGAGGUCAACGGGUUGAAUCACUUCCCGAUGGAUAUUGAGUCGUCUGUGGAAAGGUGUCACCGCAACAUUGUGACUGGAGGAUGUGCCGUUUUCCAAGCGGGUGGUCUCAUCGUGGUUGUGGUUGAGGUUACCAGAAAGGCCUAUCUAGCAUCACUGGUUCCUGUUAUUGUUGAUGCCAUUCUCAACGAGCACCAAGUGGUUGCCGAUAUUGUUGCCUUUGUCUCCCACGGAGACUUCCCUAGGUCUCGUCUCGGGGAGAAGCAGCGCGGUAAGGUGCUGGCCUCAUGGGUCACUCGAAAACUGCGAACAAUCGCCCAAUUCAGUAUUCGGGACAUGGAAGGCUCCGAUAAUCCCUUCGCGGCACCUCAACACCGAAUGAGUCGAAGCUCGAAACCCGGAAGCACCAUGGGCAACAGCACUCGCCGAUCUACUCUGGUACCGGAUAUCGAAGGCUUGCCACGCUCACCAGCUCCGGUCCUCGUCGAGCAUUCUGAGGCAUCCAUACAUUCGCAGUCUGGGUUGCAGGAAGCUGGCGUUGGCAGCCCUACUACGGGCACUGCGUCCGAGAUGCCCAUUGUUCCCCAGAUCUCCGAGCCCUCACGACCGACAACCGCCUCUACGAACGGAGCCGCUGCGGUCACAGGCGCCGAGCUUCCCUCGACCAUUGGUCAACCCGACUUUGGCUUUGAUUUCGGAGACUUUGCCCACACAGCAGGUGCCGGCUCUACUCCAGCAGUCUCUGGGGGUCCACAGACCGAGACUCUUCCCAAUCGGGGUGGACCCGGACCUCAGCCUCAGCCAGCAAGCGGUAAUUUUCCUGCGCGGUCUGACUCUUACAACCAGGGACCUGUAUCCGACACGCUAGAUCGCAGCUCCGGAGACUGGCCGCAAGAAGCUUUAAUGUAUCAAUCCACACUUGGUAACGACGAAGCCCCGGGUACCGGAGGCGCACCCUAUCAGCAGCGGUAG